AUGCCCUUAAUUAUGGAGGACGGGAUCAAUGUCGACGAUUUGUUCGGUGAAUCCGCCUCUCUCGAGCUGGGUUUGCCUCCGAACACUCCCCCUGCGAAAGGCCUAGCCCAACGUUUAGAUGAAAUGAGAUUAGUUGGGUGUUGCCAGAAAAUUGCCUGGUCGAGGCUCGGAUGUGUUGCAUAUAUCUCGCAAGAUGCUUCUCGGGUCAACGUUCGCCAUCUCCAGUGCCAAAAGUCAGAUGGCAAGUGGACGUUGAGCGACGAGACACCUUUAAAUCAGGUCGCAGAUGCCCACGAUGGCCAUGCUCUGGUUCAUCUUUGCUGGAAUGAAUCUGGCUCAGAAUUAGCAAUAGCCGAUACGUCCGGUCGAGUAUCCAUUUAUUCUAUUCCAAUUGCCCUGAAUAGCGUAAAUGGAGCUCGUCAAGCAGCCUUUGAUGCUGCUGAUGAUGGGGCUCAAAUUGUUGGGAUGACGUGGUUGAAUCAAAACCGCUCGGUACACUCAUUUUAUCAGGCUGCCAAGGUACAAGGUCGGUGGGCAUAUUCGCCAUUUAGACGACGUCCAAUUGCACCUUUCCACCCUGUUAAUAAAGCCGCGCUCCUUUGCAUCACAAGGUCUGGAUCCAUGAAACUUCUAUACCAAAAUCCGGACAACAAAUGGGCGGAAAUUACGACAGAAUUGAAAAACACAAGUUACUCCGAUAGGCUUCUUACCCACGCGGCUCUGGUAGCAACACAAGCGGGAAUCCUAAUCGCUACGCAUUCGGCAUGUCAGAAAAUAUCCAUAUACCGAGUGAGUAUCCAGUGGAAUCCGCCCCAAUGGGAUCCCGCGCAGCAGAAACAAGGAUCCCAGCCAACUCCAGUCCCAAGCUUUCGCUCCAUUCAUUCCAAGGUUGAAAUGCCCUACAAUAUCCCAAACAACCGGGGGGCAGCAGGCGAGAACCCGGAUGAACAAUUCACCCUCACAAACUCUCUCUAUUGCCUUACAUCCUUGCAAAUAAUUCUUCCCGCCUCCGAUAACUCCGCAGGCUCAACACCAAGUCCCUGGAUUGUAGCUGUUUUCUCGAUCCCUCCUCACGCCAUUCUCCAUCAACAACCGCAAGUACCAGCCAGUGCCGUUAUCCGGUGGCAGCUUGAAACUGGUAUCCCCACUCUGCACCCCAAAUUCGAUGAAGUUGCCUCAAAGAAGAGCAACGUGCAAAUCAAGCCGAAAACUAUUCUGCGUCGCCUUGACGACAUCACUUCUGACCGUCAUGUUAUCUCCGUCGACCAGACAGAAUAUGGUAACGUCCUCGCCGUAUCCUAUGACGACGGCUCGAUUUCUUUCUAUGAUCCGAAGACUAUGGCGGCUUUCGAUAUUCUCGACGACGCAAACACUGUCACUAGCCUCGCCCAGGCAGGGUUCAACUACCCCUUAGACGCUCCAGCGGUACAUAUAGGCUUUUCACCAAGUGCCUGUGCUGCUGUGGGGUUGGACAGCGAUGGACAGAUACACCUCAGAAUUAUGGAACAUUCUUACGGAGCGGAGAAUGGCCAUUAUGACGAGAACAAAUUUUCUGCGGCCAUUGCUUCAUUAACGUUAGCUUUCUGUCGUGGUUGCGGCGGCGAAGUCAACACGGAUGAUAUUCUGUUGCUUCUAAUACGUCAAUUACCGCAAGAUUCCCAGACGGGUUUCCUCAACGAGGUCUACCGUGCGCUGUCGAUCAACAGCAAUUUCACAACGGAGCAUGAUAAAUUGAUGAACCAUCCGUAUAUCUCCCGUGCUCUUAGCAUACAAGCGGCUCUAGGCUUUAAAAAUAAGUAUAAGACGCGGAGUAUUGCUUCAAAUGUUCCGUGGGCUAUUAUUCAACUUCGCCAGGCUGCUAUCAUAUACCCCUUCUUUUUUCAAUACAAUAAAGGAUCCCAGCCGCCCGAACCGCAUGACCCAGAUGUCCUACGUAUGGUUCUUGGGAAUACUAAAUGGAUCCUUGACUUCUUCCUAUAUACCCUAAACGAGCUUUUCGACCUUGCAGAUGAAUUUGAAAGCGUCCCAGCCGACCAAGAAGCCUUCAAUCAGAAAUUAAAAUCAACUGCCUCCCUGCCCCUUAUCGUUGUCCUUUCUAGCAUGUCUCGUGCAUUCCUCCGCUUCAUCUGCCGUGGCCUUCGAGGAAUCCAUUCUGGCUACGCCAACGCUCCCCUCACCGGUGACGCUCGCAUCUACUACACCGAAAUUUGUCACGCCCUAGAAACAUCCCCCGUCCGCACAGACGUCUACGAGAAACUGCUCGCGGGCGUCGACUCCGCCGUCAGACACGCCUACACAGGCGCCGGGUUCGGCGAUAACGAGCGACCAGGCCCAGAGAAGGAACUCCUCGUCAGCAGCCGCAUUCCACCCGUCCUCGUAACUGCAGUGUCCACCAUCCUCCGCCAAACCAUACCCAGCAUAAAAGCCGAAGUCGACCGCAUGGCAAUCUUCAUGGGCGACUAUAGCUGGCUGGGAUUUGGCUCGGACGCUCGCACGGAAGCCUACCGAAGAUCACGCGAGGUAGACAUCAUCAAGAAAACGCCGAUUUUCCGGGCUGUGCCUGGAGCUGGGACAGGAAGGUUGGGCACCAUGGAUGUGGGCGAUUUGGGUGCGAAGAGUGGUACUCAGGGGCACUUGAGCAGACGAUGUGUUCGCUGCUGUGAGGUCUCUGAGGCGGUGUACCCACCGCGUUCAGUCCCUGCGCUUAGGAUGAUUUAUAAAUUGGGGCAUUUGAGGUCUUGUAUUUGUGGGGGGAUGUGGGAUCUGGAAUCGGGGUUGAUGAUUUAG